AUGGCUCCUUGCCUUCAGUUGCAGUCGACGCGGACCUUUCAGUCGACCGCUCUGGCUCGCGAGGAAGCUCAGACCGAGACCCAAAGCCAACCUUUCUACAAAAACCCGGACCCAGCUCUCGUGACAAGUCCGCGAUUGGAAAGGAAACUGCUGAAGCAAGGCGUUGCGCCCAUUGGAUCCCGCCGUCGUCGAGCAGCACUGCAGAACUCCGCCAACAUCCCCUUUGAGCAACUGCCCUAUCAAUGCUUCCAAGAAGCCCGGAAGGUACUACUCGCAGAUCGCGAGGAGAAAAUCAAGAAGAUUACGGCCAUGCGGGAGAAGAUUGCGAGGCUCCAGGCUAUCCCGACGGAAGAGGCUGGCGGCGAGCAAGUGCAGAAGUCGAAAUUGCGGGCAAUGGAACUGGAGCUUGAGCGGCUCAAGAUCCGUGCCGAUAUCAAUGAUCCUACCGUUAAGAAGAAGUUUGAAGAUGGGCAAGGUGACAUGACCAAGCCUAUUUACCGCUUCCUGGCCGAUCGGAAGUGGAGAGAGUACCGUCGCAAGAUCUUGGUGCAGAGAAUUACCCAAAUGAAGGUCAUUCCGGAUGUUCUUCCUCACUGCGACCCGGUUGUGGACACCAAACUCUAUUUCGGUAGACACACGAUUCAACCUGGAGAGUUCGUCAACUCCAGGGUCAGCUCGACGCCCCCCAAGCUUGAUGUACAGCUAUUUGAGGCUGGUGAGAAGCUCGUGACGAUUGCCGUUGUCGACUCGGAUGUCCCCAAUGUCGAGAAGGACGGAUUCGACUACAAGAUGUAUUACCUUGCUGUGAACGUCCCCAUCUCCGCUACUUCCACCAAGGUCGAUCUCGCCAACCUGUCAGCAGAUUCGCAGGUUGUUCUUCCCUGGCUGCCCCCUGUCGCUCAGAAGGGCAGCCCCUACCACAGACUCUCCAUCUUCAUCAUGGAGCAAAAGGAUUCGGCUCCAUUGAACUUUUCUCUGGUGAAGGGCAUGGAGACGAACCGUGACGUCCUUCUUCGGACACUGCAGGCCAGAUACCACCUCAAGGCCAUUGGGGCGCACCUUUUCAGAACCCAAUGGGAUGAGAACAUGCUGGAAGUUAUGAGAGAGAUUGGGUUCCCUGAGGCCGACGUAGAACUGCGCAGGAAGAGAGUUGAACCUCUGCCUUACAAGAGGAGAAACCCUUCCACCUUCCGGUGA